UGAUGAGAAGUUGGCAGAGAUUCUUUCUGAGAUCUGAGUUAUUGCAUUUGAAGACUGUGCAGUUUUCAAGUAGAGAUGAAAUCAGUGAAGCCAUUUGAAAUUUUCCAAAAGAUAUUGAAGAAUGGUUCUACAAAGCAAGGCCGCUUGCUUGGUCUGGAUGUGGGAUACAGAUAUGUUGGUCUGGCUGUUUCAGAUACUCGUAAUAAAAUUGCAUCCCCGGUGAGUGUCUUGGUCAGGAAGAAGACAAAUAUUGAAUCAAUGGCCGAAGAUUUUCAAACCUUGAUCUCAAGACUCUCUCUUGUGGGCUUUGUUGUUGGUUUUCCCUUCAGUUUGCAUGGCCAACAUAAUUUAGAGGCAGUUCAAGUAAGGCUUUUCAUGGAGGAACUGCGCAAGACAGGGAAGCUUGAUGGUCUGUGCUACACAUAUUGGGAUGAAAACUAUACAUCAAAAUGUGUGGAAGCUUUGUUGCACCCGUUGAAUAUGCACCCUGUAGAGCACAAAACAAUCAUGGACAAAUUCGCUGCUGUAGGGAUACUUCAGGGGUAUCUGGAUAAUAUGAACAGAAAAUUGAAAUCAGAAGAGCUUUCAAUUGUCAAAUGAUCAGCUUGUGGUGAAAUACGCGAGUGUUGAAAUUAUUCAUCUGCUAAAAGUGAUUCAUCUUGUGAGUGUACAUUCCCAAGGCCUCAAAAUCUCAGUACCGGAGUCCACUGGUUCGAUUCUCUACAAAUUAAUGGUUAUACAGAGAUGAUCGGGAUCUCCGGUCUUCUAUAUGUGAUGAACAAGAGCUGAUAAACAAUAUUUUCGGUCUGCUGAAAAAUCGAUGGAAACAAAUAUAAUUCAUCAUUUUGCAACAGAGUACGUCAUUAUGAAAUAAAACUUUUAAUUUUUUUUAUGGUGAAAGUUUUCUGUAAAUUGAUAAUUUAUGAGGAUCAAAUUGGUAUAAAUGACCCUGAUCCCAGCUCUUUUCUUUUUUAUGAUGAAUAAUAUAAAAAUUCCUUCUAUUGCCUAA